AUGCGUUUUUGUUGGAUAGUGCAUUGGGCGGCGGUGAGAGCGGCAGUGGGAGGAGCAGUGGCGGCAAGGCGUGGGGCGGUGGGAGCGAGGGGAGGAGCAGCAGGAGACGUGUCACGGCAGCAAGUGACAACCUCGAGAGUCUGGACUACGAGUAGGGUGCUCGAUUCAGAGUGGCAUCACGGCCAGUGGCAGGCAAUGACGCAAGCCGACAGAAUAUUUCACACUGCCCUGCGCUGGCUGCUCGUGCUGCUCAUCGGCAUGUGCACCGGCCUCCUCGCUUUUUUCGUCAACAUUUCAGUGGAAGCCAUUGGCGGUGCCAAGUUCGGUCUCGUCUUCUCGCAUAUCAAAGGCCAGAACUUCCUAGGAGGCUUCCUGGUGCUAGCAGCAACCAACCUGGGCCUUGUACUCGUUUCAACGUGCCUCUGUAACGGGAUAGCGAUGGAGGCAGUGGGAUCCGGUAUUCCCGAGGUGAAGGGGUACCUGAAUGGCGUCAGCACGCCUGCUGUCCUCUCCGCCAAGACUCUUAUUGUCAAGUGGGAUGUGGCGUAUGAUUAUCCCGCAUCCCUUCCUCCCCCACCCUCCCACCAGGCGCUGGGCAGCAUAGCAGCCGUGGCGGGGGGAAAAGAGGGCCCUCUGGCGCUAGGCAGCAUAACAGCCGUGGCAGGAGGGCUAGCAGUGGGCAAGGAGGGACCUCUGCCCUCUGGUGCAUUGUGGGGCCUGCAUCGCCAGCAGCCUGGGUCACCUCCUGGUGAGAUGGGGUUGUGCCUGGUGCUGAUUCGGAGAGUGAUUGAGAGUGGUUGGGGGCGGUUGGGAGUGAUUUGGGCUUUAAGGACGCUGGUGUGGGUGCACAGCGACCGGGGGUUGAGAGACCUGGUGACGUGCGGUGCUGCCUCGGAAAUUGCUGCUGCGUUCCUUGCUCCCGUGGGUGGUGCGCUGUUCGCCCUCGAGCAAGUCACCUCCUGGUGGCGGAACUCCCUCAUUUGGCGAAUCUUCUUCACCAACGCAGUCGUAGCCAUGGUGCUCCGAGCCUGCAUCUCCCUGUGCGAGGGCGACAGGUGCGGCGGCAGCUUCGGGUCCCGAGGCUUCAUCCUGUUCGACCGAAGCAAGUCCCGAACCGACUUUGGGCUGCUGGAGGUGGUGCCGGUGGCGCUGCUAGGGAUUGUCGGAGGGCUGCUCGGCGGGUUAUUUAACCACCUCAACGUGAAGCUGUGUGCUUUCAGGAAGAGCAAGCUUCACAGGCACGGGGCAUGGGUGAGGGUGCUAGAGGUCCUCCUCAUCUCCCUCCUCACCUCUGCUCUUCGCUUCUACGGCCCCUUCCUCGCCUCCUGCCUGCCCUGCCCUCAAGACCCGGAUGAAGGAGGGGACUUGCCGCAAGGUUCUUUCAACUGCCCGAGCAUCGUCGGAACGGGGGACCACAAGGCGUUUGCCUGCCCGGACGGGCAGUAUAAUGAUCUGGCGAGCCUGGUGUUUACAACCAACGACGAUGCGAUUGGGAAUUUGUUCCGUACUGGAUCGUUUGGAAUCUUCACCUACCCCUCUCUGCUCCUCUCUUUCACGAUCUACUUUCUUCUCGCCACACUCACAUACGGCACAGCAGUCCCGGCGGGUCUCUUCGUGCCCUCCAUCCUCUGCGGCGCCUCCUACGGCCGAAUGGCCGGCAUGGUCAUGGUAACCCUAUUCGGCCCGCACCGCGUGGGGGAAGGCACCUACGCGCUCCUCGGCGCCGCGUCUUUUUUGGGCGGCUCCAUGCGCAUGACCGUUUCGCUCUCGGUCAUCUUGCUGGAGCUCACGGGCAGCUUGAAACUUUUGCCGCUGGUGAUGGUGGUGCUGCUGGUGUCGAAAUCGUCCGAGAUCCCCCACCACUCCUUCUGA